CCAGGGCUGAUUCAGCAGGAAGCUGCCUAGGCACCACCAUGCUCCGAGCAGCGGCCUGGGUCCACUGGGGCCUGUUUCAUCCCUGCACUGGGCUCUCGGUGAGGAUGGCCAGCAGUGGGAUAGCCCAGAAGGGCGUCCUGGCCAACCGGGUAGCCGUGGUCACUGGGUCCACUGAUGGGAUCGGCUUGGCCAUCGCCCGGCGCCUGGCCCAGGACGGGGCCCACGUGGUGGUCAGCAGCCGGAAGCAGCAGAACGUGGACCGGGCUGUGGCCGCGCUGCAGGGGGAGGGGCUGAGUGUGACGGGCACCGUGUGCCACGUGGGGAAGGCGGAGGACCGGGAGCGGCUGGUGGCCAAGGCCGUGGAGCACUGUGGGAGUGUCGACUUCCUGGUGUGCAAUGCAGGUGUCAACCCUCCGGUGGGGAGCACCCUGGGGGCCAGUGAGCAGGUCUGGGACAAGAUCCUGGAUGUGAACCUGAAGGCCCCAGCCCUGCUCCUGAGCCAGCUGCUGCCCCACAUGGAGAAUAGGAGGGGUGCUGUCAUCCUGAUCUCUUCCAUUGCAGCUUAUAUGCCACAUGUGGAACUGGGCGCCUACAAUGUAAGCAAAACAGCCCUGCUGGGCCUCACCAGGACGCUGGCGUUGGAGCUGGCCCCCAGGGACAUCCGGGUGAACUGCCUGGUUCCAGGAGUUAUUGAGACUGACUUUAGCAAAGUGGUGAGGACUGGGCAGCAGAAUCAGAGUACAAGAAGACUGACGCUGUGCCCUCUCCCACCCAGGAUUGGGCAGCCCGAGGACUGUGCAGGACUCGUGUCCUUCCUGUGCUCUCCAGAGGCCAGCUACAUCUCCGGGGAGAACAUCGUGGUGGCCGGCUUCUCCCCUCGUCUAUGA